CUCAAAGACUCCUGACUCCUCACCCAGGAUGAAGGGCUCAUCCAGGAGGUUUGUCUUCUGGAACCUUUGCUGUGAUCAUGGACUCAUGUUAACACUGGUGAAUGAAACAGAGGCUGAUGAACAGAUGACAGGAGACAUACAAAGCCCAAGACGCCAUGAGAGGACCACCCAGGAGGGACACAUCUGGGGCUCCAUGAGGAGGACGGCUCUCAUCCUGGGCUCUGGGCUGCUCCUGUCUGUAGCCUUCUGGAACUCAGUCACAUGGCAUCUUCAGAGAUUUUGGGGUGCUUCUGGCUACUUUUGGCAGACCCAAUGGGAGAGACUGCUGUCUACAUUUGAAAGCAAUGAGUGGAUCCUGUUCAUUAUAGGAACUGCCCUCGUGCCUGGGCUGUGCUUCUGGGCCUUCAAUGGCCUUCUACUGGUGGUGGACACAACAGGGAAACCCAACUUCAUCUCCCGCUACCGCAUCCAACUGGGCAAGAAUGAACCGGUGGAUCCUGUGAAGCUGCGCCAGUCUAUCCCCACAGUUCUCUUCAACCAGACCAUGAUCUCGCUUCCCAUGCUGGUCAUCUUCUAUCCUCUCUUCAAGUGGAGGGGAGACCCCUGCUGCCGAGAGCUACCUACCUUCCACUGGUUCCUUGUGGAGCUGGCCCUUUUCACCCUCGUGGAGGAGAUCUUGUUCUACUACUCACACCGGCUCCUUCAUCACCCAACAUUGUACAAGAAAAUUCACAAGAAACAUCACGAAUGGACAGCACCCAUUGGUGUGAUUUCUAUCUAUGCCCAUCCUACAGAACAUGUGGUGUCCAACAUGUUGCCUGUUCUGGUGGGUCCUUUAGCAAUGGGCUCUCAUCUGUCUUCCAUCACUGUGUGGCUGUCCCUCGCGCUCAUCAUCACCACUAUCUCCCAUUGUGGCUACCACCUGCCCUUCUUACCUUCACCUGAGUUCCAUGACUACCAUCAUCUCAAGUUCAACCAGUGCUACGGGGUGCUAGGCGUGCUGGAUCAUCUGCAUGGGACUGACAUCAUGUUUAAGCAGACCAAGGCCUACGAGAGACAUGUCCUCCUCCUGGGCUUCACCCCACUUUCAGAGAGCAUCCCUGAUCCUCCAAAGAAGAUGGAAAGUCCACUUGGACCAUCUGGACUGUUCCCUCACAAGUAGGAGGUGUGGAGAUAGCCUAGGUGCUAUGCUGCCCUUAACAACUUGGCCACCAUACUCUAAGGACUAUACCAUUUGGGUAAAGGGAAUGCAAGACUCCUGCCAAGAAAAGGCCAUGAUAGGGUCUGGGCUUUCCCUAUACUUCUCACAUUAGGACCAGGAGUUGAGUUAGGGAAAAAGAACUAGCUAUUUGGGCUGGAGGCCAAAGGAGAAAAAUCACUUGGUUCUGAUACAAUCCCCAUACAGGUAGAUCCCCUGUGGCCAAGGUGGCACAGAGAAUAGGGUGACACUGAGACUGGAGGCUUCCUGGCUCCAGAAAUUUUUUCCUCACACCCAAAGCUAGGGCACCCUGGGGUAGUCACAGGUCAGAUGUGUUGACAUGCUAGAUACGGUCCGUGCUUCCCAUCAAGAAAGCCUGGGUUACUUUCUCCCACUAAAAGACACAAAUCCCUCAGAAGGAACAAUGACAGCCCUCAAGAGCUUCUCAGGAGCACCCCAGCCCCUGUGCCUUAGCCUGUUUGUGAACUGGGGCUGAACUCAUGUGGGGGAGGACCCAAAAUCAUCUCCCUCAACAACAAACUUCAGAAAACAUAGCCCAACAGCAGUCCAUCUUUCUUUAAAUGUUAAGUCCAGGGAGUACUAUAGCAGUGUGGUUUCUCCAGUAAAGUUUUACCAGGCCCCACCCUGGCAGGUCAUGGUUAGAAACUACAGGAUCCCAAGAACUUGGCAACUAGGUUGGUUGAUCUGGAAGAAUGCCACCAUUACCAAUUUGCUAAAUCCCAGCACAAUUGUGCUGACCUGACACUUUCAGUUCAAGGUUCGUCAAGGCUCCCUAUUGUGGUUUAAAUAAAAAUACUUUUUAAACACAGCUCAGUACAGCAAUUUGUACUGUAGUCCCAGCUGCUCAGGGGAUUUAUGUCCAGUUCAGAGCCAGCCUAGAUACAGGAAAAUGGAUAAGCCAGUUCUCCAGAAUAGGGUUUCAUUCUGCAGCACUGAGGCCAAUGCAAGAGUAGGCCAGCUGGCAACUGAGCACUUUUGCAGGCAGUCCCAGCCCAGUCCUCUGCCCUUGGCAACCUGUGCCCUUUGAUUCCUUCAAUACCAAUUCACUACCCCUUUCUACUCUACCAUCACCAGUUGGCAGCCAUUCCCUUCCUCAUGAGCAUCUGAAAUGCUUUCUGUGAUAUCCUCAAAAGGGGCAGGGACAAGAAGCUAAAAAUGGAGAUUGAGGUACAAAGCCUGUCCCCAUAAAGGCCUAAUAUUGGUAAAUAAGGUCUUAAUUUCUCCAUAAAAGCACGACAAAGGAGAAGCAUGUAAAUAAAGUGUCUGUUUAACUCUA